GAAGAAGACGAAGAGAACCCGAUGCGUAGAAGACUAUCUUCCGUUCUAAUCAACAAUCACUGCAUCGCGUCCCAACGCCAUUACCACACAUCUCGACCUGAGAAACCCACAAAGAAAGCCACCAGCCAUGAACCAACUCACAAAUUCACCAGGAAGCCAUGGGAGGAGGUUCCAUUUCUCACCGAUCUCAAAGAAAUUGAAGACCCAGAGGAAGCUCUUUCUCUCUUCCACCAAUACCAGGAAAUGGGUUUCCGACACGACUACCCAUCUUACUCUUCUCUCAUCUACAAGCUUGCAAAGUCCCGUAACUUCGACGCUGUCGAUCAAAUUCUCCGCCUUGUUCGCUAUCGAAACGUCCGGUGCAGAGAAUCCCUUUUCAUGGCAUUGAUUCAGCAUUACGGGAAAGCCGGUUGGGUGGAUAAAGCCGUCGAUGUUUUCCACAAACUGACCUCCUUUGAUUGUGUUCGUACGAUUCAGUCUCUGAACACUCUCAUCAACGUUCUGGUCGAUAACGGCGAGUUGGAAAAGGCAAAAAGCUUUUUCGACGGAGCAAAGGAUAUGCGUUUGCGUCCCAAUUCGGUCUCUUUCAAUAUAUUGAUCAAAGGGUUUCUUGAUAAAUGCGAUUGGGAAGCUGCAUGUAAGGUGUUCGACGAAAUGCUUGAGAUGGAAGUGCAACCGAGUGUUGUGACAUACAAUAGCCUGAUUGGAUUCUUAUGCCGAAAUAACGAUAUGGGUAAGGCGACGAGCUUGCUUGAAGAUAUGAUUAAGAAAAGAAUACGCCCCAAUGCUGUGACAUUUGGGUUGUUAAUGAAAGGUUUAUGUUGUAACGGAGAGUACAAUGAAGCAAAGAAGUUGAUGUUUGAUAUGGAGUAUCGUGGGUGUAAACCGGGUCUCGUUAACUACGGGGUUUUAAUGAGUGACCUUGGAAAGAGAGGGAAAAUCGAUGAGGCAAAGAUUCUACUCGGCGAGAUGAAGAAAAGACGGAUCAAACCAGAUUUUGUCAUCUAUAAUAUUCUGGUAAACCAUCUUUGCACUGAGGGUAGAGUCCCCGAGGCUUAUAGAACACUGACGGAAAUGCAGAUGAAAGGUUGUAAACCAAAUGCAGCUACAUAUCGUAUGAUUGUUGAUGGGUUUUGUCGUAUUGGGGAUUUUGAUUCAGGGUUGAAUGUUUUGAAUGCAAUGCUUGCAAGCAGACACUCUCCCACACCUGCAACGUUUGUACGUAUGGUUUCUGGGCUGAUAAAAGGCGGUAACUUGGACCAUGCUUGCUUUGUGUUAGAGGUGAUGGGAAAGAAAAAAUUAAGCUUUGGAUAUAGUGCUUGGCAAAAUCUACUUUGUGAUCUCUGCAUCAAGGAUGGAGGAGCUUAUUGUGAGGCUUUGUCAGAAGCUAUUUCCACCUAAGCAUUAAAUGCUACAAAGUACUCGUAUUCCUGAUAUUAGCUCUCGCCAUUACUUUUGUCUCAGCUGGUCGGCUUCUUGAUGAAGAAGAAGAUAUUGGGUUGGU